UCAUGGAAGGAGAAAGUGUGUAAGUACAAAGUAAGGUAGAUUAAUACAGUGUACCUAUUCACAUGUGUACACUCACUUGGCAAGUUAACGAAAUUCUAAAUGUUGUUAUGCAGUUUAGUUAAAUAAUUUACAUCAUAUCCAAAAAUUUCAGCCACCUGAUUCCUGACAUUUCAAAUUCUUCCCCUGCAAAAAUUCGCCUUGAAAAAAUGGACACUCCAGACGCGCAAGAAAUCGCACUCAAUAAUCCGAUUAUUUUGACUGAAAUACUAAAGCAGACUUCCGUCCAGUUGCGAGAUGCCCGACUCGUGUCCAAAUUUUGGAACGACAUCGUUCUCUCCCUUCCUAAUACGAGACUUACCUUUUGUUUGAACGACGUAGACGACGAAUACGCAGAAGACGAGGAAUACACCGAUGAAGAUUUGCACACCCACCGAUUGCACUUUUUCGAAAUAUGCUCCACUCUAAAUAAACGACUUUCUAAACGGAUUUCUGCCGAGUUUGACACCAGCAUGAAAUAUGGCACGGAAGAACCUGCUGCUCCUGCCAUCUACUCUUUCGGCGCUAAGCUGACGCACGUUUCUGCCUUGUUUAGUGAUACCAUCCAAACUUUGGAAAUUUCCAUUUGUAUCGUGAAUUUUUUAAAGUACGUUUAUCAAGCGUUAAAAAAUUCCUGUCCGAAUUUGACCCAGCUACAAAUUUCGUGUGAAGAAGUCGAAAGUCUCAAUACGCCAUUUCAGCUCGGCACGAUAACGGCAAAACCAAGGUUGACGAUUUUCUCGCUAGAUUACGCUGUAGACGGGGACCGCACGUGCAUAUCUGGUCUUACCAGUCUUGUCCAGGAGAUCAUAAACGCCUCCCCAAAUUUAAAAGAGGUCACUUUUCCGUGGGGAUGCCAUCCCGAUUUGGCUCAUUCUAAAUGCCUCGAUUCCUUAAGGAUCGCUCUGAGUGAACUUAGCGAAGAGAAGGAUAUCGUACCAUUUAACGGUUCAGAACUGUGGCGCAUGUUGAAUCAAGUCGGUGACCAAUUGGUUUCCCUAUUUUUUGGGGAGAACAACGAAAUUCAGGAUAUUUCCGGCCUCGGAAGAUGGAAGCGGAUCGAAUUCGGCUUGCCGAAAAUUAUGCCGAAAUUGAAAAUGUAUCGAAACCUGUUUGUCGACGUUUUUGAGUGUACCGAUAUCUUGAAAAAUAUUGAAAAAAUGCCUGUUCUGAACACGCUCGUGCUGGGAAAGACAACUGCGACCAAGUCGACGAGUUUGCAUGACAUGUUGCAAACUAUUUUCAACUCGGGCAAGAUUUUGGGAAACGUUAGGAACUUAAAGAUUAUUGAGAUGCAUGAUCCCACACUUUUGGAACACUCUCCAAAUACGUCUAAAACGGUCAAAACAAAAAAUUCGGCAUCUUUGGCCGUUUAUCUCAUCCCCGUUGCGCCGUGGCCUGACGACCUUCAACGCCCAUCUUUGACACGUUGGCGAAAACCGCAUGUCGAAACACGAAAUCAUUCUUAAGUUAUAGUGGAUACAGACGGACGGACGGACAAGACAUUUCCGUCUAAGUGGUUUUAGUGGUUUUCACCCCUUAAUAAUCGGCCCUUUUAAGGUCCACCACAUUUCCGAAGAGCAAUUGUUGAAAAUUAUUUUUUGUCAUACCCAAAUUUCCCAUACCUAAAAUUCUGCAUACCCAAAUAUACCGCUACCCAUAUUUCCGAGACCAAAAUUUCUGCAGACCGAAAGUUCCGAUACCCAUAUUUCCUUAUACCCAAAUUUCCAUACCCAAAUUUCCGAGACCCAAAUUUCCAUACCCAAAUUUCCGGGAAUCACAGCAAUUGCAAAUGUACAUAUGUACAUACUUACUUACUUUCAGAAUGCUCAUUACUUGGGAUACAUUUUUGUGGAAAAAUAAAACUUCAAGCCACAAUAUCAUGUUUUAAAUCGAAGCUGAAGUCGUGAAUUCUGACCUAAGGUAAACCCCGCACAGCGAAAAGCUUCAUGAGUAAGGCAACAAAGCCAAUCAUAGGAAACAUCAAGGACCAUGCAUUCUCCACGUGGCAGCUUUGUAAUAACUUUGACAUCUUCAAUAAGUUAUACAUAUGUACAUAUAUAUGUAAUUAACAGUGCAGAAAUAGGACGGUUCAACGUAAAUGUAGAUCCCAUCCUCAAAAUCGACCACAUCCUUUAUGCAGACUCCCACAAUAGUUUGCAUCCACAGUUAACUGAACUUCAACCUUGAGACGGGAAGCAUUGAAUAAUUUCACUUUCUUAGUCAACAUGUGUGAUCUGCUGCUGAAUAGAUUAUUUGCAAUUAUUUAAGUAAAUAAACCUACAUAUUCGUCAAUUUCAAAGAAAAGUUAACCGGGUGCAGAAACCUUGGUGUUGGAAUUCUGUAUAAAAUUCACCAUUAAUUUUUAUCCAAAUAUGUAUACCGCCCCCGAGGUAACUCCCCUGCCACAAAUUGGUUGAAUCGUCACACACUGACCAAUUUAAAAUUAGUGGUGGAUACCAAGGCUGAAUCGAAAAACUUAAAUAUUGCUGCCCAAUACGAAAAUACCCAACAAAGGUCGUUUUGUCCGUCGAACUAAAUAUCUCCGUCUGAUGAAGAAUGGAAUCUCGAGGGGGCCGAAGUGUGCAAGAGGUUGCACUAAAUAAUCCAAUCAUUUUGACCGAAAUAUUAAAACAGCCCUCAACUUCUUUACGAGCUGCACGGCUCGUCUCCACAUUUUGGUACGAUAUAGUUCUCUCCCUCCCAAAUACAAAACUAGCAUUCAAGUUGUGGGACAAAUACUCCGAAAAGGAUGAGAAAAACGACCAAGACUUUGCAAAAGACCCAUUUUACUUUUUCGAAAUAUGUUCCACUUUAGACAAGCGACUCGCCAAACGGAUUACCGCCUUCUGCUACACCGCCACAAUAGACGAUACUAAAUCUACUCCUCGCAUAUACUCUUUCGGCGCCAAGCUGAUGCACAUUUGCGACAAGUUUAGCGACAUCGUGCAAACCUUGGAGAUUACAAUCUUUAACGAGCACUGCUUAAAAUAUAUCCACCACUCCCUAAGAAAUUUCUGCCCCAAUUUAAAAGGGUUACGAAUUUGGUGUAUGUCUAGUAACGUGGAGAUUCCUGUAGCACCAAUUUUGCCGGAUCCCCUCCCCACGAAAUCUAGCUUGUCCUUAUUCACGAUAGGUUACCAUGUACCUGCGGAGGACCGCCCGUUUGUCACCAAUUUUUGUCAGGGGGUUAUUAACGCUUCACCAAAUUUAAAAGUGGUCACCCUUCCGUAGGGAUUCCAUCCAGAUUUGUCCCACUCUAAACGUCUCAAUUCUUUAACGGUAGCAUUAAAGAAUUUUGAACCGAUGGACAUGGUUCACUUGAAUGUUUCAGAACUUUCCCGUAUGCUGAAUCAAGUCGGGGACCAAUUAGUCACCUUAUCUUUGGGCAAAAUCAAUGAGCGCAUUCUCUCUUACAAAACCUGGCAUCGGAUACAAUUCAGUUUGCCGAGAAUGAUGCCGAAAUUGAAAAAGUCUCAAAUGAUGGUCGACAUUUUUGAGUGUACCGAUAUUCUGAAAGAUAUCGAAAAAAUGCCCGUUCUCAAAAUGCUAGAACUUGGAAAGAGCACUGCGACAAAGUCGACAUGUUUGAAUGAAAUUUUACAAACUAUUUGCAACUCGGGAAAGAUUUUGGGUAGCGUGAGAAGUUUGACGAUACUUCAGAUGCAUGACGCCACACUUUUGAAGGGAUUGAAGACGGCUUUUCCCAACUUGGAGAGUUUGGCGGUGAAAACGUUCGGCAAGAUGGGUGAGGCCGGGGCCGUGAGUGGGAUGGAGUUGGGGGUGGUUCUUAAGGGCUGUACGGGUGGUUGGGAGCGAUUGAAACACUUGAGUUUAAUGUUACCAAAGUAUUCGACAAAAAAGGUGGAUGUCGUUAAGGCUCUUCUGGAUUCAAAGGACCUGUAUCAAGGCCUGACCACUUUUAAAGUUUGGGGAAUCAGAAGCUCGCCACAUGAUUUAAUGGAGGAUGAAAUGGAUCUGUUUAAGCAGCUGCUCAUUGCAAUGGAUGUGAUGGACAAGGUCACAAUUUGGAAUAUGAAGUUUAGCAAAGAAUCUGUCAAAAACAUAUUGGGAUUUAUGACGUGGAACAAACUGUCCGUGUCCAAGUUCAGGAUGUUUGGCACCUGCCGGCGAUUGAUUAAGGCCACGGUUUAAGCCGCAUUUAAUAUUUUAUAUAGAUACAUAAUUAGCAGUAUUAAUUAUGAUACUAAUUAGAAUAUAUAUUUACUAGUGUUAGGUUAUGUAUGUACGUACAGAUCGUAUUUUCCAUUUCAAUAAAUUUAUUCCCAGAGAGUAUCCAGAAAUAUUUAUUUUCAGUGCAAUAAAAAUGUUAUGCAUGUCGCAUAACCAGUACAAUUUAUG